AUGGGCAUGCCGGAUAAUGGCAACGGCGAGGUGACGUUCUCCGACGUCAAGAAAGAGUCGGUAGACGAAUGGGAGUUUGACAUCGCGAACCCGCGCAACUGGUCUUCGACGCGGAAAUGGAUCUGCGUCAUCAUAGUCAGCUUCUACUCGUUUGUGUCCCCUCUGAGCUCGUCGAUGAUGGCGCCUAGUCUUCCAGAUAUCUCGACACACUACGGAAUCACGAGCUCGACGAUACAGGCGUUGACCCUUUCCAUUUUCCUCCUCUCCUUCGCAAUAGGGCCGCUCUUCUUCGGGCCUCUGAGCGAGAUGUACGGCAGAGCCUGGGUACUGCACCUGUCCAAUAUUUUACUUCUUGGUGCCAACAUCGGCUGUGCGUUCGCCCCGAAUACUGGAGCAUUGAUUGGAUUCCGUUUCCUGGCUGGCUGGGGCGGGUCCGCCUCCGUAGGAAUCGGUGGCUCAGUGGUUUCCGAUAUCUUCGCGCCGGCGGACCGAGGAUCCGCUAUGGCCAUUCUCGCCAUGGGUCCACUCGUUGGCCCGACCGUUGGUCCAAUCGCAGGUGGAUUCGUUACCCAGACUAUAGGCUUCAAAUGGGUCUUCGUCAUCAUCGCUGCAGUGUGCGGGGUCGCGUCUGUGAUCGGGAUUCCGUUCCUCAGAGAGUCGUACGCACCCGUGAUUAAGCUCCGCCUCGCGCGCAAGAACCGCAGCGCGGAGGACGCGCUUGGGCCGAAGGAGUCGAUCGCGCAGGGCUCGUGGCGCGACAAGCUGGCGCUGCUCUGGAUCAACCUCACGCGGCCCGCGAUCCUGCUCACGCGCUCGCCCAUCUGCCUCAUGCUGUCCAUGUACCUGGCGUUCAUCUACGGCACGUACUACCUGAUGUUCGCGACCUUCCCGGCGCUGUUCUCCGCCGUGUACGGGUUCGGGCCCGGCAUCGGGGGCCUGUGCUACCUCGGGCUCGGCGUCGGGUUCAUCGUCGGCAGCUUCGUGGGCGCGAAGUACGGGAACGAGAUGUACCAAUAUCUCGCGAAGAAGAAUGGUGGUGUUGGGAAGCCCGAGAUGCGCAUUCCGUCGCUGAUCCUGUGCUCGUUCUUCGUGCCCAUCGGCCUCUUCUGGUACGGUUGGUCGGCCCAGGCGAGGAUCCAGUGGAUCAUGCCGGUACGAACUGACGUUGGCAUAGGGAUCUUUGGCCUCGGCCUCAUGAUGGCGUACCUCUCCAUACAGCUCUACCUCGUCGACGCAUUUGAGUUCGCUGCAAGCGCGCUGGCGGCGUCCUCGGUAAGCACUUCCUGUCCCAUGUACGCUGCCUUGGGAGACGGGCCUGGAAACUCGUUGCUCGCCGGAUUGGCCAUCGUCAUCGGCAUCCCGUUCCCGAUCUACCUCUACUUCCGCGGAGAGCAGCUGCGCCAAAGGAGCAAGUAUUGA